AUGGAUCCGAUUAAUUUUCCUAAGGAGUUCAUGGAUCGGGAGAUAAAAGAAGACGUUUUAAUCGUAUGGUCCAUACUAAUAGGAUUGCGAGAUAUUUGGACUUGUGAACCGUCGAUACAAGAUGCGGAUUAUAGUGAAAAUUCGUAUGUGAUACAUGUUAUAUCAAAAAUCUUGCAGCCUAUUUUUGCUCAUAAUUCACCACCGACAAUGCGAUCAUGGAACGAACGGGAGAGUGAAGCAUCGAGGCAGAGGAAGAUAAUAAUGGGAGCGAAGUCAUCUGCCAAUAAGCCUGAUUUGUCGCCAUCAAGGAAGCAUCGUGAAGAUUGGAAGAAAUUGGUACGAACUUGUAAGGACGGUCAUUGUCUUAUUCGCGAUGUUUGUUUCGAGGGAAAAAAGAUAGAUAACGAACAAAAGUUGGAAGUAAAUACACUAAUCAAUCUGUUGAAUGGUAUUCCGAUUAUUGGUCUUUUAGUUAAAGGAGAUCAUUUACAUGUCUCAAUUACGGAUAGUUUUAAUGGCGAGUUUUAUAAAUCUUACGAAAUUUUGGAUAUUAACAUUUCAUUGGGACCAACUGAUAGGCGAGGCGUAGAAGAUUUACUGAAAAAAGCAAUUCAAUUGAAAAAUUGUAUGAAAGGUAUUGUAAGUGAAGUAGUACAUUUAUUAGAUGAAUGUAUAAAUUUACCCGAUAUGUCUCCAAUCGAUUAUGAUGAAGAUACAUCAACAGUAUUAGAUACAUUAUCACAACCAUUCACACCUUUUACCCCACUAAAAAAAUAA